CUAGUGUCUUGUUUCCUCUGUUGUUUUGAGGCUAGUCUCUCUCCAGUUGAUCAAAAAAAAGUGCGAUGAACAUUCCGUUCCACUAUUAAUAACCAAUAUAAAAUAAUCUAACAAUGGAACAACAGGGAUCAUCAAGUACCUCCAGCACUGACAAUGAUGCCACAUCGGAAGUGAUGCCCGUGUCCCAGCCAGUACGUGCCAAGAGUUUGUUACGAGCAAACUUGGAGAAAUCACGCGGAGUAUUACAGAGCAGAAUGCCGAAUAUCAAGGUCUUCAGUGGUACAUCACAUCCGGAUCUGGCGCAGAGGAUAGUGGACAGACUCGGCAUUGACACUGGAAAAGUUGUCACUAAAAAAUUCAGCAACCUAGAGACAUGUGUGGAGAUAGGCGAGUCAGUGAGAGGAGAAGACGUCUACAUUGUACAGAGUGGAAGUGGAGAGGUGAAUGACAAUCUGAUGGAGCUCCUCAUAAUGAUAAAUGCCUGUAAAAUAGCAUCAGCAUCGCGUGUCACAGCCGUCAUCCCCUGCUUCCCCUAUGCCAGACAGGACAAGAAGGACAAGGGAGGUGAUGGUACCGAGAAGAAAGGCGCGAAAACAGUUGUCAUGAAGUCAAACGAGUGGAAAUUCAGGAGUCGUGCACCGAUAUCAGCGAAACUCGUGGCUAACAUGCUCUCAGUGGCUGGGGCCGAUCACAUUAUCACGAUGGAUCUUCAUGCCAGUCAGAUACAAGGAUUUUUUGAUAUUCCUGUUGAUAAUUUAUUCGCUGAACCAGCUGUUCUAAAGUGGAUCAAAGAGAACAUUGCAGAGUGGCGAAAUAGUAUCAUCGUUUCACCAGAUGCUGGCGGAGCGAAAAGAGUAACAUCGAUUGCUGAUCGAUUGAAUGUUGAAUUCGCCCUCAUUCACAAGGAGAGGAAGAAAGCCAAUGAGGUAGCUAGUAUGGUUCUCGUUGGUGACGUUAAAGACAGAGUUGCAAUUCUCGUGGACGAUAUGGCAGACACCUGUGGAACGAUCUGUCAUGCUGCUGAGAAAUUACUCGAAGCCGGAGCCACCAAAGUCUAUGCUAUUCUCACUCAUGGUAUCUUCAGUGGUCCAGCCAUCAGUAGGAUUAAUAAUGCUUGCUUCGAGGCUGUAGUUGUCACCAACACUAUCCCUCAAGAUGGACACAUGAAGGACUGCCCCAAAAUUCAGUGCAUCGACGUCUCGAUGAUGUUCGCUGAGGCAGUAAGAAGAACUCACAAUGGUGAAUCCGUAUCGUACCUGUUUUCAAACGUACCCUAUUGAGGCAACUCAUAUGACCCUCAGCAUUAUGUAAGACAACUAAAAUUGUAAUCGUAUGUUUAGCGGUUCAAUUGUUAUUCGCAGUUUAGGAUAAAAGUUAAGAAAAUUGCCCGAGUAAGCAUGACAUAAGAACAUAAUUAAAGAAAUGAUUCAUAAUACGAACAAGAUAAAAGAAAACGGUUCCUUUGAAAUAAUGUGAUGCGCCUCGGAUUCACCGAGACGACACACAUUUUUUUCUUGUUUCUGUUUACAUUAGAUCGAUUCGGCAACACGGUCCGAUAUCGAGGUCAGCCAUUAUAUAUUUUCCUCUUAGGAAUAAGCUAUAGACUUUCGAAGAAAUUGGCAGAUGCAGGAGAUUACAUGGAGUAAUAAUAAAUUCAAUAGCAAUGAUUUGAAAUCAAUUACAAUUUUCAUAGCUUCGGGUGAAUGGAAAAAAGCGUUAAAUUCGGAGGAAAGUCUUUUUCUUAUGAAAAUAUACACGUCCAAGUGGCCCUAAAUUCUUCUGAUGAAUACGAUUUAAAAUAAUUCCUUAAAAACUGAACAUAAAUCAUGUGAUUAUAACUUGGGACUUUGGCUCCCAAAACGAAUAGAUUCAUCAUGGAAGAUUGAUUUCACUGAUAAACAAAUUUAUUUACAUCAGCCUGUAUAGUUAGCAUAUCGUUUCGUGCAUUUUCACAUCCUAUUUGGAACGUCAAUGACAUCAAUAUUAAUAUGACAAAUGAUAAAUUAUCUCGGAUUUGAUAUUAAAGAAAUGGAAAUUGUAAUAAUAUGAAUGAUGAUGGGGAAACAUAAUGCGUGAGGAUCUCUCAGAGAUAUCCAGAAAUGAAGAGCGGGUCUCAGGCAAUUGGGUAGACAAGACGACCAAGAAAACGUUAUGAUUGUUUCCCUGUUAAUUUAUUAUACGGUAUAAAGUACAAAAAGCGAAUAUGCGUUAUGGAGUCCGAGAUUACAGUUGGUCGCAAUACGAUCUUAAAAUAAAACUGAAAUAAAAUAGA